GUGCAGGGUAGACAGGAAGAAACCUUUCCCCCUCAGUGGAGCCAUAGGUUUAAGGUAAGAAGCAGAAAGUUUAGAGAGGAUGUGAAGUAAAAUGUUUUCAGCCAGCAGGUGCUGGGAAUUUGGAACUCGCUGCCUGUAAGCCGGGGAGAGCAAAAACAUUUAGGAUGCCAAGGCCUUCAAGGCUAGGGGCCAAGUGCUGGGAAAUGGGAUUACAAGUGUUAGGUGGUUGUUUUUGACUCAAUGGGCUGAAGGGCCUUUCUCUGUGCAGUGGAUCUCCAAAUGUUUGACUCGGGCACUCUCUUCUCUGAAUUAGGUGUUUGCAAGUUCAGAUCCAGGCCAAGGCUGAUGCUGGCAGUGAGAUACUGAUGGAGGGGUGGGGGCUAACUGUCAACUUUGAGUAGGCAUGGCACCGAGAUUUUGUCUGCCCCCUCAGGUGGUUACUAUUUUGAUGAAGAGUUUGAGGGGUGGGGAGGAAUUUGCCCCACAGUCAACAUUUAUCUUUUAUUGACCAAUAUGAUUGAGCCGUACAGCACAGAAACAGACCCUUCGGCCCAACUCAUCCGUGCCGACCUGGUUUCCUAAACUGAACUACUCCCAUUUACCUGCCUUAUCCCUCUAAACGUCUCCUAUUCACAUACCUAUCCUAAUGUCUUUUAAAUGUUGCCAUUGUAACUGCAUCUACCACUUCCUCUGGUAGCGUGUUCUAUAAACGCACCACCUUCUGCGUGAAAAAGUUGCUGCUCAGGUUCCUUUCAAAUUCUUCCCCUCUCACCUUAAAUCUAUGCCCUCUACGUUUGGACUCUCAUACCUUAGGGAAAAAAAAGACCUUGUCUAUUCACCCUAUCCAUGCCUCUCAUGAUUUUAUAAACAUCCUAUAAGGUCACCCCUCAGCUUCUGAUGCUCUGGGGGCAGAAAAAAAGUUUCAGCCUCUCCUUAUAACUCAAACCUUCCAGUCUUGGAAAUAUCCUUGUGAAUCUUUUUUGCACUCUUUCCAAUUUAAUGACAUUCUUCCUAUAGCAGGGUGACCAGAAUAGUACAUAGCUCUCCAAAUGUGGCCUUACCGCAGUUCUUUCGGUUCCUACCCGUAAUGCUCUGAUUGAUAAAUGUGCCUGAAUGCCAUCUGCACCACCCUGUCUACCUGUGAUGCCACUUUCAAGGAACUAUGUACCUGCAACCCGAGGUCUCUGCUUGACAACAUUCCCCAGGGUCCCACCUUUAACUGUGUAAGUCCUGCCCUGGUUUGUCUUACCAAAAUGCAAGACCUCACAUCCUUUAUUGGCUCUCCCAUUGUAGUGUAGUUUGUGGGAGCAUGCUGUGCACAAAUUGGCUGUUGGUAUAAAUUUGCUGUGGGUUGAUAAACAAGUGGGAGGGGAAUUUAAUGCUCCAUAUACAAUGACAUUAGAGAAGGGUAUGAUAUCUCCUCAUGUGAAAGCUUUGAGUAUUGUGGUUGCUAUGGUGGUGACUCUAAAGGUAGUCUCCAUUUGUGGUUCACCUUUUCAUUGGCAGAGCGGUUGCCAGGGAAAGAUUUAAUUCCCUGUGCUCAGUCGAGGAAAAAGUGAGUUAAUUAUUUAGGAUUUAAUUAGAGGGUGUGCUGCUGUGACUGCAAUGGGAUUAGAAAGAGCUCCGUCAGUAAUGUCAGGGGUUCAGGUUUAUUGAACAAGCUCCACUAUACAAUCUGCAGCCUCCCUGGAAGCGUUUCUUUCAGCACGAGAGAGAUUCCUGGUCAGCCCGUGAUGGAAAAGAAUUGGAGCCCGGAUCAUUCCUUCCAAGUUGCAACAUGAAGGAAAAGUAUCUGACUGGCUCAUCUGACGAGAAAGCAUCGAGGAGGACCACUUGAGAUCAUGUCGCUCAACAAUUUCCACUUCAUUCACAGCAUUAAAAACUCCCCGGCUGUCUUCCGGCGGUUCAAGAAGGACAAGACGAAGAGUCUGUCCCAUGGCGAUCCGCUGUUCAAGGUGCAUUACGUGGGCAUGGAGAAAAUCUACUCGCUGCAGGUCGAACAAACCCGGGAGGUGGUUAACCGUCUGGUGGACAAGGAGCCCAGCAAGGCCUGCAAGGAUCAUGCCUUGGUGGUGAGACCGCGCUAUCUGGAGGUGAAGGAGAUCUCGAGCGGCCGGCAAAUCACCAAAACCUACCUCCACGACAUCGCCUACUGCACGGCGGAUAGAGGCCUCACCAAUGUGUUCCUCUACAUCUGCAAGAGCAAAGGGCAGCUGCAGUGUCGCGUGUUCCUGUGUAGCAACGCAGAGAAAGCCAAGGCCAUCACGGUCUGUUUGGCCAAGUCCUUUGAGGCAGCUUUCAGUCAAUGGCACGAGACAUACAACCACCAGGCACUGCCAAUCCCCUCCUCGGGCACUGACCCCAGGCCUGACCAACAGGACGAUUCUCGCUGCUGCGCAGAUAAAGGCAGCUCAUUGGACGAGGAAUCGGAAAUCAACAGGCCACUGGAAAGCGACGAAGAGGCAGAGGUCAGGAUGCACCAGGAGUUUCUACAACGGGCGACAUCAUUCCGAGCCCCUCACCGCCUGGACACCGGCUACCACGAUGUGGAGGAUCUGACCAAGGAUUCCUCAGUCCAGCAGCUCGUCCGGGGCGAGCAGGAAGGAGACUGACCGUCCGCUCGACUCCCCCCUGCUCGUUUUGCAUUGACUAUUCCUUAACAGAGGUCGGGUGAAAGAAAAUUAAUUGGCAACGUGAACCUCCUAAGGACACAACGUCGCAAUCUACAGACUGGAUGCUCUUACUGAUCGUUUUUUUUUAAGCCUAAGUGCGUGAUGAAUGCAAUUUCUCCCCACAAGAAAGUUUUUUAAUCGAGGUGACUGCUUAUUGAUGAUAGGUCAGACUGCUAAAAAUGUGACAAUAGCACCUCCAACGCAGCAAUGUUAAGUGUGUCGAGGGGAAGACUGCUUUUCCACUUCAACAACUCGUACCUUUUUUUUAGACCUUUACAUUUAAAACCAUGCUCACCGCCUGCAUUAGUGAGCCUAAGUGUAUAUUGUGUAUCGACAAUGAGUUGAUCUCAUUGAAACUUAGAUGAUCCCUGGCAGGAUAGAUACAGACAGACUGCUUUCCCCCUUGGCUAGGGAAUCUGCAACUGUGUGAGAAACAGUGUGAGAGGGGUCACGAUCUCCGGUUAAGAAGUCAGCUGUUUUUGAAAUGAGACGAGAAGAAAUUUCUCCUUUUUUUUGACACUAAGGGGAAUGGGGAUAGGGUUGGAAGAUUAGCUGCGUGAUGGCUUUGUUGGGGAGAGAAAGCUCAAAGGGGCCUAAUGGUCUCUUCCUGCUCCUAAUUAUUAUGCCUACGUUGUGCAUUAUGCUGUGAAACAGUGAGCCUUAAGAAGCUCUGGAGGCAGACACUAGCUCCAUUUGACUGAAAUUCCCCUGACCAGUAGCCUCCAGUUGCUCUGUACCACUCAUGGACUCUAGUUGAAAGCUCUGGCUAUGAAAAGAACAGCCCAUAGUCACUUGUUUCUACCAGGAAGUGCAACCCUAUUGAAAAUUGAUUUGCAAAUUACCCAGAAGGAUGUUAAUUUUCAAUUGGUUCAUGUUUAGUUUUAAAUGACACCACCAGCGAUCAGGGAGGGGAAUUCAGACACUGUUUUGUUUUAUCUUUUAAGAUGUCUGUUGGAAGGAGAUAUUCCAGAUAAAAGGCUCACUAACUCCUUUCUCAUCUGCCUGUGGGCGAUAGCAGCCUACCCACACGAAAUACAUGACAAAUUUUGUUUUUUUAAAAGUGGGAUUGUUUUACAGAAUUCAAACAAUUCCAGUAAAAGUUGAAAUGGA